CACCCGCUGUUUGCUGACGUUUUGAAUCUGGGCAUCAGGAGGCCGGACAACUUCGCAAAGACCGCUCCAUAAUGAAUUUCUCUCGGAUUGGAUCUUGACCAGCUGCCCACUCAUCCAAGCUUGGGGCUUUACAGCCAUGUUCACGGCUACCCGACUGCAGGUAGCCACCUACUUGCUAGGUGUCUGCCCGUUCUCCAUUGCAUUUCUUGUUUUUCUCAAUUCUUCUGUCUCAUUCAUCAUCACCGAUCUCAUCGGACAGACUGAUCGUGUCGGAGAUGCCGUGGGAACUUUGGGCUUCGCGGACGAACUCCUCGCUAUCGUUGCCUGUCCUUUGUGGGGGUUGCUCUCUGACCGGAUUGGCCUCCGUUUUGUAUCUGUUGCUGGCUAUCUGAUCAUUGGUCUUGCUUUGGUUGUGUUUGUACAGACAAGCAAUGUAUACCCACAACUCUUGUUUGCGCGGCUCCUGUUCAGUAUUGGAGGAGCAGCCGCCUCCACCAUGGUCACCGCAAUUCUCCCAGCUGUUGCCGGUCCACCUACUUCCCUUGGUUCCACAAUCCCUUCAAGCAGGGGUCACACGGAGGAAGCCAACAACCGCAAUUCAUUCAGUCCUUCAAUCGCUUCAGAGUUGACCAUCACUCCGGCCCGUUUCGCCUCCAUUUCGAGUGGUCAGGAGCGACAGGCCAAAGCCGCCGCCAAACAGCCAGAGUCGAACAUCGCCCGAUCUACAAGUCGCAUUGCUGGUUAUGUCGGCAUGUUUACAGGGGCUGGGGCCUUGGUCGCCUUGAUGGUCUUCCUCCCUCUUCCAGCCAAAUUUCAAUAUUCUGGAUACGACCAAAAGGCUGCUCUCAAGGCUAGCUUUUACAUCGUUGCGGCGGUUGCAUUGAUACUAGCCUCGUGGUGUUUUAUCGGCCUCAGAGGCUUGCAGAAGGGGCAAGAGCAAUGCAGAGGACACUUGAUCCAGUACAAGGAGCUGUCCCUGGCCUCCAAGACGAUUUCUGCUUUGAGAGAGAUGUGGGCCAGUUUCCAGAUUGCUGUGAUAACUGGCUUCAAACACUCAGAAAUCGGUAUUGGUUACGUUGGAGGCUUCGUGGCGCGAGCAUCUUCGGUGGGCAUUUCACUUUUUAUUCCGUUGCUGGUCAACGCAAUGUUCCUAGCGUCAAAUCUAUGUGACGAAGGCCAGAAUGAGGGCGAUCCAAGCGGACUGCCAGACCUCAAGAGGAGGUGUCCUCGCGCGUAUGUGGUGGCAGCGGAGCUGACUGGCGCCACGGAGACGGUUGCCUUGAUCUUUGCUCCGAUUUUUGGGUAUUGGAGCGCCAGAACAUCAAGGAAGCAUUUGCCCCUUCUCUUUGCAUCCGUGUGCGGGAUGAUUGGCUACCCUCUUUUUGCCUAUGAGUUUGAUCCUGACGGUUCUCACACUGGCAAAAGAGUUUUGGUCUUUUUUGCUGCCAGUCUGAUUGGCAUCAGUCAGAUUGGAGCUAUUGUUUGCAGCUUGGGAACUUUGAGCAAGGGCAUUCUCGAGGGAGGAGCUGACAAAGGAAAAGACGACACGAUUGCAAAUGGAUCUGGUGAAGAGGAGGCUGAGCCUCUCUUGGAGACGGAAGAUGGUCCUGCGCGAAAAGAUUUGCGCUUGUCGGCGCUGAAAGGGUCAUUUGCUGGAGUUUAUUCCCUAUAUGGAGGUCUUGCAAUCCUGAUCCUCACAAAACUUGGAGGGCUACUCUUCGACAAGGUAUCACCUACGGCGCCAUUCUGGAUCAUGUCCUGCUUCAAUGCCAUCUUACUAGUCUCCUGCAUGGGCUUAACUUUGUGGAAGUAUAACACUCGAGGCUGAUGUAUUGUGGUGAUAAUCAUCCUCACGAACCCUCAGAAUUACUGUCCUCACAGUUUUCCCCGAAUGUAUGUGGCUUGCGCAAAAUGGGCGGUGCACUUUUAAAUGACUGCACCGGCACGACCGGCUACUACAAUGACGGACCACCAGCAACAGGACUGAUGCUCAGCAGCAUGAUAGUCGACGUGGCAAAGCUAUGUCUACAGUACUGGGCCCGUCCAAGGCCUUUAUAACGCGCAAUCAAGCAGCAUUGAAACAUACCAAGCCAAACGCUAGCCCUGAUGGCGAGCUAGACGAAAAUAACGAAUACAAGGUGGUUGUUUGGUGGCAAUUUGGAGCAUUUCUGGCAGGACGGCGCAGUUGAAAAAAGACAAUAGUCUCUCGCUGAUGAGAAUAUACUCUUCUGAACAAUCAAACAAUGCAUUUUUCGCCCGACUACCUAAGUUC